AUGAGCGGACGACAAUCUCUUUUUCCUGCUACGCCAUCAACACAUGGUGUGCUAAGCAAAGAGAGAAGAAGGUUUAAAAAAGUAAGCUCGAAAAUAUUUUAAAAUCGGCUUUCAGAUUUAUUGUAGUAACAUUUUUCGACGCCUCUGUCACUAUUCUUCUUUGGCUAUUGUGCACUGUGACGCGUGACGAUGAUUGGAAGAAAGUAUUUUUCAACGAAUUCGAUAUCUUGAAUCCCCAGUUUAUUAAGGUAGGCAACUAGGCAUACAAGAAAUCGAAAAAUUUACACAUCAGUUAGAUACUUCUGUUUCAACAGGUGUCAUUAUUUGACGUUGUUAUUCUUGCAAUGACUCGGGUGAUGGUACUGAGCAGUUAUUAUGGAGUUUUUCUCGGGCAGACGUGGCAUACGGUUGCAUUUAUCACAUUCAUAUCUAGUACAUAUAUUCUGACAAAAGUAAGUUAUAAUCGCUCUUAUUGUCAUUCUCAUUCAAACUUGUCACGGCUGAUUAUGUUUGUCCCCCACUUUUAUUUUGAAAGACGGGAAGUUAAGAAAUGAACACGUAAACUUUCGAAUGGUUUUGAGAAUCAAACGGACAAAUUAAGAAAGAAAUGGAGACUCCGUUAGCUUUUUUUAAAUGAGCAAAUUUGAAAUUAGGUGCACCCGUUCACUUUUCCAACAAACUGGUAUUCUCAGGGAAGAUUACAAUUUCAGUUACCCUUACGUUUCAGAGCUAAAGGAUCGAUUUAUAGGUCCUGUUGUUUUUCAAUCAUUCAUCAAGCGCAAUCGCCCCAUAUCUCCUCAUAAUUGUUACCUUCACACUUUGUUGGGCUGAAUUUUAUCUUAUGCCAUUCCAAAUAUUGCCAAGAGAGCGGAGUCGUGUUCGAGGUUUUUUCGAUAUUUUCUACCUACUUUAUGACCCUACGUUUUAUAGAAUCUCGAAGAAAUUUGGAAAGUUUUGAAAAUGCCCACUUUUCGACAGACGAUGAGAUUCAGUCAGAGUAAUUUUUAAAAAUUAAACUUAUUGUGAUUUUCCUAAAUUGUACUUAUUUAAUCAGACACCGACACCGUCGCCUGCGUCGACAGCCAUACUCGGGACAACUAUCAGAGCCUGACACUUUAGCACCUUCGAGAAUGUCUGCUGCAGUUUUUAUAGCCUCCGAUUACGAUGAAUUUCGAAGUGCCCCCGAAUUUUCUUCUGGUAACCCACCUUACUGUCCAAAUAUUACUAUUUCCCUUUCGGUGUGUACGCGAGCAUAAUUUAGAAUUUUUUCUUUGGUCUGCAUACACAGUGGGAGCGAGUGAGCGCUCAAAAUUUGAAACUUCAAGGUGCGUGCGCAAAUGUUCGUUUCCGCUCGAGGCUACCCGAGACUGCCCCCGAGCAGAACUGUCCCGAACCAGCAGGUGGUUUUUGUUAAGAAAAGUCGUGUUGUUUCUGAUUCGGGACAGUUCUGGUUAGUUCCCUUACGCUCUUUUGGCAUCCGUGAUUGUUGGGUUUUGAUUUUAGAGAAUUGUGUUAACAUUUUCAGACGAAGAAGCUCGUUCCCGUCUUCUGUUACCUCCAGAUACGCGACGGUUGUUUGAAAUUACCAUUCGUCAAUGCUACGAUCAGGUGGAAGAAUUAAUACGAGAUUACCGCCUUGGUGGUUGGAAGACUCUUCGUUCGGAUGGUCCUACUGUGCUUCAAGGACCUGAUAACUAUUUCUUAGUGCAAGCAAAGUUCGAUCAAUUUCCAGCCUUGGUUCUUUUCAACAUUGCAUGGAAAGACAUGCUAAAAUGGAAUACUCAAGUCAUCGAGGGCAGAAUGAUAGCGCAUUUGGAUAAUGCGACAGAUUUAUUCUACUCUGUAAGCGCGCCCGCCAUGCGCGGCUACAUUUCUUCACGAGAUUUUCUGGAUCUUCGACGGAUACAAUUGGACUCUGCGAAUAAUGUUCACACCGGCUAUUUCGUCUCUGUGGAAUCAAAUCUUUGUUCAAGUAACGAAAGUUCCAAGGUAGUGCGAGGACACAAUUUUCCUUCUAUGAUACGAACAAGGAGAACAGAAGAUGGAGUAACAUGUUUUGAAUGGCUUAUGAAAACGGAUCUAAAAGGUAGUAUUCAGCCAAAAAAUUUUUGCCUCGUGAAAGUCUAAGUUCAUUCAGGCGGAUUACCGCGUCGGCUUGUUCAUCAAGGAAUGGUUAGCUAUUUUAUCGAGCACGUGAGAAGAAUGAAACAGUUUGCGGAGGCACACUAUAGUUGCACAAAUUGACGAUAAAGCAGUAAUUUGAACAAUAUUGUAAAAUUAAUGACAAUGAAAAAGCAAAUGUAUAUUUUCAAAAAAAAUCAUGUUUUUAAAUUUUAUUUUGUACCAUGUUUAGCCAUGUUGUAUGCUUGAAGUAAAUUGGCUUUACCCAGGCUAUUUUCAUAUUUCCGUAAACUCAUCGCGAUGAGUUUACGAAACAGUUUUAUUUCGAAACAGCUUGAGUCAACGAGAAGUUAUGUUUCGAGGUCGCACUAAAUUUCUUCGGUAUAUUCAAAAAAUAUCGUGCUUUAAAAAUGUACGGUAGACUGGUCGAACAGGCGAUUUCAGGCGCCUGUUUUCUCAACGCAGGGACGCAGCGGCGCGUUGAAAAAACAGGCGCCUGUUCGACCAGCCUAAUGUAUGGUAACAGUCGUUCAGCUAUGAACCGCUGCAAACUUAGGACGGCAAAAUCGGAGAGAUUUUUUAAACUUUAGAAACGGAUGUGCUGUUGUUGUUGUUUUUGUAGACUCAAGCCAACAUUUCUGAAAUUAGGCUUGAGUACGCAAGCACCGAGGGGGCAAAAGCGGUGAAUUGAGAGUUACCUUUCGCAACUUUAGCACUAAUUGAGGGCAUUUAAUUCCGAGGGUACAACAAUUUUGAUUUUAGGGAAUAAUUUCUGUCAAGUAUUUUAGGGUACAAUAAUUUUAGGGUACAACACUUUUAGGGCACAACUAGCACAUAAUUUCAGGGCAGAAAAACCUGCGGUUUUUACGGUUUUUCCGAGACAUUGGACGCGGCAUAAAUUAUUUUUCAAAAAUGCGUCUGCAUCAAAAAUGAACUGUGAACACCGAGGUUCUCAUUGCCAUUGGCGUUCGUCAUCAGCCUUCUUUCGAAUUUCAUUCUUCCGAAAUCCCACACUGCUUUGAUGUGAGAAAAAUUACUGCGAAGAAAAGGGCAAUAUUUACGGUAUGCCUCUCUGGUAAAAUUGAAAACUUUCCUCAGCCAUUUUCAAACGUUUCUAAACUUUCUCUCUGGGAACUCGAUCGCAAUCUAAUUAGAACACUUUGCAAUCUAAUACGAACUCGUUUGAAAUAGAAUUUGCUUCAAUUAGAUUGCAAAAUCUUCUAAUUAGAUUGCAAUCACUGAAAUUUUUCUAAUUAGAUUGCAAUGUUUUCUAAUUAGAUUGCAAUUUUUUCUUAUUAGAUUGCAAUUCAGGAAAAAUAUAUUGUAAUCUAAUACGAUUUUACUGGAACUUCAAUUAAAUCUGAUUAGAUUGCGAAAUAUAGCUUUUUCUUAUUAGAUCGCAAACUCUUCUAAUUAGAUUGCAAUCGAGUUUCCAGAGCUCAAGACAAAAAGCUUUUCUAAGAAAUUCUUAAACUUUUUCAAGCCUUUCUUAAUCUUUUUCAAGCCUUUCUUAAACUUUUUCAAGCCUUUCUCAAACUUUCCUUAGAAUUUCUAAAGUGGCGCCUCGAAAAGUUUAAAAAAGUUUGAAAAUGGCUGAGGAAAGUUUUUUUUUUAACCAGAGCUGUAGACUAUAUAGUUUCCUUAUCGGCAUGUAAGCGGAGACAGAAUAAAAAUGAGUCACUUGUUUACGUUAGAAAAAAUCUCACUCAACGUUGGUACUAUUUUUCAGAGUCUCGGCUUGUUUAACUUGAAGUGGUAUCAUCAUUCCAAUUUAAUAAAAAGCUAGUGAGGUCUGUCCGUAACUUUCUUUCUUUCUAUCUUUUUUUCUCCGUUUUUCCGGCCGUUUUUUAAUUUUUAAAACGAAAAAAGUUGAUACGGAGAAAUGAGGAAAUGAAAACGUGAACUUUUGAACGGUUCUGAUGAACAAACAGAGCUCAGGAAAAAAAGGCGCCAAUUCGGCUCAAAAAUCGGCGCUAGUGCCGAAGUUGAGCCGAAUUGACGCCGAGCUACGCCGCCGGCGCCGUUUCGGUUUCUAAAUAGAGCCGAAUUUGCGCCUUUUUUCCGGAGAGUAGCCGCUUCCGAGCAUCAGCUUGGCCCGCGCAGCGAGCACGGUUUCCAAAAAGUCUUGUUUACAUUUUUUUUAAAUCUGCCAGCUUAACACCUCGAGCGAUCGAACGCUGAGGAGCGUCCUCUGUUAAUUGUUCGUGAAACAGUACGCAAACACCGUACGGCAGCAAUUUUGAAUAGUAUACAUAUGUAUACAUAUAUAUAUAUAUACUUUCAUGAGUAUUUUGAGUAGUUCUCUCAAUAUUAUCGACAUUUUGUAAUCAGUUUCAUCGGGGAUCUACAGGAUGGGGUUAUUUAAUUAAUUUUUUAAAUGAACCUAUUCACUUGAGUGAAAACCGGUUUUUACCAGUAAAAAACGGUUGUCUACCGGUUUUUAGCUGAGUGAAUAGGUCGAUAAGAUGCAAGAAAUCCAUUUUUUCGGCGAUGUGAGAAACGUUAACCUAAACCCACUAUUAUAGGGGCACCGGACAGAAAGGGCGCGCUGUUCGCAAUCUGGCCGAAUUUCUAGGCCACGAUGUAGUUUUCCACUGAAAACGUGGCCUAACUUUUCAAACUCGGCCCCGAGGUCGCUCAAUUUGCACUGCAAAAAGAGUUUCUCAACAGAGCGCCAUUUCUGUGCGGUGCCCCUAUAAUAGAUUAUACUGUAAUAGUGUUUUCCUUUUCCAGUAGGAAUGUUCAGUAGCGAAGGGAAAUACCGGAAGGCAUACCGUCAUCAAUUUAAUCAGCUUCGAAUAGGAGAUGAAACAGAAAUUCCUAUGUCUACACUUGCUAACCGAAUAGAUACUCGCAAAGUUCCGCUUUCGAAAGGUCAAAUUAACGCAAUCAAGCAGGCGCCUGAUAUUCUGGUCGAUUUAGAAGAAUUUCAAAAAAUAGUGAGUUCUCACCACAAGUGAAUAUUGCUGACUGAGAAACGUGAUUUCUUCUAGAUUACAUCUAAAUCAUCACAAACUUCCACAUUUAAACGGUUAAUGUAUGAUGUAGCUGAUCCGGUUAUCAGUACGAGCCAAAAAAUCGAAAUUCAUUCCUACAUUGAUUCAUACUCUUGGUGUCCACCACCAGUUUUUAUACUUCUAAUCACCCUAGCACAGGUCAGUUUCGACAAAAUUCCUUGUUUAAUUAAUUUUAUUCUGCCAGAUUGCCGUUUUUGUCACGUAUUGGAAGGUAGAAGGUAGAAAAAGUAUUUGGAUAGACUGUGCCGGGUGUUUUGUUUAUAAGAAUCACACACACCCUGGACCGUUAAUAUUCGCUCCAAAACUUAGAGAAGAAGCAUGGAGAUUCACUACGUACAUGUUCCUGCACGCUGGGUGAGUCUGUAUACAGAUACUACAAAACAAUCUUGCUACGGGCAUUGCUAGCCAAGCCUGAAACUCGGCGGGGGAGGGGGAGGGGGGUGGCAGGCUUGUCAGCAAAUAAUGGGUCACCCUCCAAUAUCACCAUCAUUGCUUAUUAAUAUAACUUUCACCAGGAUUGUUUGUUUGUUUUAGGGUUGCAGAACAGGCUCAUGUUUUAGACUUUUUUCAUAGGUGCGGGAUGUCUGAGAAACGCCAAAACAUUUUUCCGACCUGGCAGUCGGAGUGAACUCGCCUGUCCCGAACUGCCGGCGCUCAACUCAAAGCACCUAUGCCUGUUUUGCAAUUUUAAUGUGGAGAUUUAGCUGAACAGGAGCUUGUUCUGCAACCCUAGCUUGUUUACAAGAAAUUUAAACACUGGGCCCGCUUCGCGGGCCGAACCUUUUCCAAUUAAAACAUUGUGUGGGAAGGAGAUGUUGGAUCACACGGUCUCGAGAGCUGACAAUGGGCGCAAGUGCGCCCCGCCCAAUAGAGCGAUACAUUGGCGCGAAAUUCAAAUUUUAACAGCAAAAUUUGUGUUUUUUGCCAGAUUAGCCACGAAAAACCGAUAAUUUCUCAUUUGUCUCUCGAUAGACCAAUUGUAUAGGCUAUUACGAAUUUCUUAAGCGCAAGAGCGUUACAUUUGGUCAAGUCGCAAAUCACAUUUAUCCUUUUGAAGGUUUUUGGCUAAAACUGCGUGAAUUUCAGUUGCUUUACGGUAAUUUUCGCUGUUCGAGCGCUCAAAAUGCUUGUAUUUACGUGAUUCAUCAUUCUCAAAAUCAAUUCUGUCUGAAAACGGCCAAGAAAGCGCAAAAUGAGAAGUGCGGUUUUUAAGCGGCGAUCGGUGGCGAAGGCGAAAAAGCAAAGUCCGCGAAAAAUGCGCCAAAACGUCUUUAAUUCUGAGAAUUAGUGUAUUUUCAUGUCGGCCAACCAUUUUUCAUCGCCUUUGACCACAAAAAUCAGAGAAAACUUGCUCAAUUCAUGAAAACGCCAUUUGGCCGAGGCCACGCCCAUAUUGUCAGCUCUGGAGACCGUGGAUCAUCUUUAUUGACCGUGCUUUAUUGACUUCUCGCACUUUUUUCACAAAGCGGUCAAUAAAGAUGAUCUAACAUUUCCAUCCCACACAUAUCUAAGAAUACGUAAAUAGCAUGAGAAGCAAAAAUCAGCCCCUCAAAAACAAUUUAAAAAUUCUUACAAAUGUUUGAGAAUUUAUUGGAAAAGUUUUUUUUGCUUUUGAAAAAGGUUUGAGGGGAAAAAGGUUUGAGUUACUCAAGGUUAGGAAAGUUUGAAUUUUUACUCAAGCCACAAUUUCUGAAAUUCGGCUUGAGUACGCAAAAACUCUUCGGUAAAUUAAGAGUACUAAUUUACAGCCUGAACCAUUUGCUUGGCAACGUCAUCAUACAGCUAUUAGUAGGAAUACCGUUGGAAGUAGCUCACAAAAUAUGGCGAAUUGGACCGAUUUAUCUUUUAGCCGUUACCGCUGGCUCUUUAUUGCAGUAUGCUGUUGACCCAAACUCACUUCUCGUUGGAGCAUCCGCUGGAGUUUACGCCCUUAUCUUUGCACAUGUCGCCAACGUUAUUCUGGUACGGUACAAAAUUUUUUAAUUCAUUCGUAUUGAAUUUCAAAGUGUACAUGAGAAACGGAUUUUCAAUUUCACUUCUUAGUUUUGUGAAAAUAUCCGGCCGGAUCUGGAGACUAGAAAAAAUAGUCGAUGGGCGGGGCGAGGACAUGGACAGAGUUUUCUAGUCCCGUAGAGAAAACGCCGUGACAUUGAAAUGCUUCGAUAGUAUUUAAUAAAACUCUUCUCGGGUUUGAAAAACAAACCUUUGCCCUCAAUUUAUUAUAGGGGCACCGGACAGAAAGGGCGCGCUGUUCGCAAUCUGGCCGAAUUUCUAG